AUGCAAGUAUUGUUAGCGUUACUCGCAAUCACAUGUGCUCUUGCUGACCAAAGUGCUUUUUAUGUAAAGAAUUACUAUGAGGUCCAAGAAAAAAUUUCAAGUUUAGAUGUAGAAUUAAGAAGAAUUGAAGAUAUUGAAAGACAUAUCCAUGAUAAAAUUGAUCAUGCUGUUCUCGACUUAGAAGCUGCUGCUCCAUCUGACAAACCAGAAAUUAGUCGAUACAUUGACACACUUAAGUCAGAGUUAAAUGGAUCACUUAAUAGAAAGAAUGCAUUAGUAAAUGGUAUUAAUGCUUUGUUAAAUACUGUCCCAGCUAACGUCAAAGAACAUAUUGUUAGUGAUCUUCAUUUAGAAAGAAGACUUAGUAUUAUUGAUGAUAUUCUUGGUGAGGCUAAAACAGCUCCAACAGUUGUUGCUCCAAAAGCCACUAAAUCAUCAAUUCAAGCACCACAAGUAAUUACUAAAUCAACUGCUAAAGUUGCUUCACCAGUAGCAAAAGAACCUGUAAAGACUGAAGAAAAGAAAACAGAAGUAAAAGCUGCUGUUAAAAAAGCAGAAAAGAAGGUAGAGAAAAAAGUAAUGAAGGCAGAAAAGAAAGCAGAAAAAACCGUCAAAAAGGCAGAAAAAGAAGCUAAAAAAGUUGCUGAAUCUGUUAAGAAAGAAGCUAAAAAAUUAUUAAAGAAAGCUAAAGAAGAAGCCAAGAAGAUGACUUCUAAAGCCAAGAAAGCAGCUGAAGAAACUAAGAAAGUUGCUAAAGCUGAUACUAAGAAGAACGAAAAGAAAGUAAAAGAAAUCAAGAAAGCAAUGAAAAAUUUGAAGAAAGAAGUUAAACAAGAAACUAAAGAAGCUACUAAGAAAGCUGCUAAAGAUGCCAAAGCUAAAGCCAAGGAAGUUUCUAAGAAGAUUUCUAAACAAUCAAAAGCUACCGUUGAAAAGAAGGUUUCUGCUGCUAAGAAACAAUUAGAGAAGAGUGAAAAACAAACCAAAAAGGAAUUAAAGGCUAAAGUUGCUGUUGCCCAAAAGAAAGCAGAAAAGGCUAAGAAAGAAGCCAAGAAGAGUGGAAAGAAAGCAGAAAAGAAAGCCGCUAAAGUAGCUAAGAAAGCAGAAAAGAAGGCAGCUGAAGCUAAGAAGACUGCUACUAAAUCAGCAGCUAAAGCUACUGAAAAAGCUAAGAAAUCUAUUGAAAAGGCUAAGUCAGAAUCAAAGAAGGCAGCUAAGAAGGUAGAAAAGAAAUUGAGUGAAUCAAAGAAAUCAUUGAAGAGUAAGAUUAAGGUCGCAUCUAAGACUGCUAAGAAAGCUGCUAAAGCAGAAAAGAAGGCUGAAAGCAAAUUAAGCAAGAUUAAGAAAGACGUUAAGAAAGGAACUAAGACUGCUGCUCAACUCAAGAAGGUACAAUCUCAAGUUAAGAAAGCCAAGAAGAAUGCUAAGAAAGCUCUUUCUAAAGAAUCAAAAUUAAAGAAAUCAUUAGCUAAGAAGAUUAGUAAGACUUCUAAGAAUGCUAAGGCUAUUGCCAAGAAGUCAGCUAAGAAAGCUGCUAAAAAGGCUGAAAAGAAAGCAGAGAAGAAGGCUAUUAGCAAAGCAAAGGCUUACACUAAGAAGAAUACCAAGAAGAUUGCUAAAGAAGAUAAGAAGAAACUUAAGAAGGUUCAAUCUAAGUUAGAAAAGAAAGUUAAGAAAGUCGAAAAGAAGGAUAAGAAGGCUCUUGCUAAAGUAACUAAGAAAGAUAAGAAAGCACUUGCUAAAAUUACUAAGAAGGUUAAGAAGGUUCAAAAGAAGGAUAAGAAAGCUAUUGCCAAAUUAGCUAAAAAGGACAAGAAGGCCCUUGCUAAAAUUGCUAAGAAGGAUAAGAAAGCUAUUGCCAAAUUAGCUAAAAAGGCUAAAGACGCAAAGAAAGUUGCUAAGACUGCUGCUAAAAAGGCUCAAAAGAAAGCAACUAAGGCUGCCAAGAAGGAAGCUUUAAAGGCUAAAUUAUCUGCUAAAAAAGCUGAAAAGAAACUUGCUAAAAAGGUUAAAGCAGUUAAGAAAAGUGAAGCUAAAUUAAUCAAAAAGAAUAAUAAGAAACUUGCUAAGAAAGCCGCCAAAGCUGCUAAGAAAGAAGCUUUAAAGGCUAAAUUAUCUGCUAAAAAAGCUGAAAAGAAACUUGCUAAAAAAAUUAAGUCAGUUAAAAAGAAUGAUGCUAAAUUAAUCAAAAAGAGUAAUAAGAAACUUACAAAACUUUCUAAGAAGGCUGUAAGUAAAGUAACCAAGAAGAGUACUAAAAACACUAAAUUUGGAAAGAAAGCUGCAAGUAAAAUUAAUAAGAAGGCUAAACUUCAAAAGAAAAAAGUAAAUUCAUUACUUAAGAAGGCUUCAAAGAAAGCAUCACCAAAGAAGAUUAAGAAUUUAAAGAAAGCUGAAAAGAAGUUUAUUAAGAAAGAAAAGAAAUUAGUCAAAUUACAAAAACGAUUCGCAAAAGCUUCAAAAUCAGAAAGAAAAACUCUUAAAGCAAAAAUUGUUCAAGUCAAAAAGGCUGCUAAAGCUGCUAAAAAGUCUGUUAGAAAAGCCACUAAGAGUGUCAAAAAGUCAAUGAAUCAAAAUAGAAGAAGAAAAUAA